AUGAGCUCCCGGGAUGAGGAUAAGGUAUCCGCUCCUGAAGCCACCUUCGGGCAGGAGGGCAGGGAACACUUAGAGGACCCCCUGAUCAGUCUCGGAGUUGCAGAGGGCUCGAGCCUCAUCAAAGGGCCUCUGAAGAUCGGAGAGGGAGAGGGCGGUCUCCCUGGGACUGAUAGCUGCGAGGAGGAGCCUUGGCCUAAGUCGGAAGCAACCAAGGAAGGAGAAGGGCUGCUUAGUGAGCCAGAAGGCAGGGCCGCUUCUCCCGUGGACCAAGAAGAUGUCGGCGUGGACUUCCUGCCCCAGCUCAGUAUUGAGGCUACAGCGAUAAUGCGAGAGCUGUCCAACCUACAGACGCGAAGAGUUUCCAGGUACCUGUCCCCACAAACCUGCGCCGCUGAACUGGCCGCCCUUUGGGGAAGUGUAGAUGAUGUCUCCAGCAGAGGGGGGCAGGCCCUGAGCAGUGUUGAAGGGAAGCAGGUCUCGGCUAGCCCACUGUACCCCCGGGGCCUGGGGAGAAACAGAGCCUGGGUGGCCCCGAGAAGAGGUGUCACAAGUAGGAUGUUGAGCAGUGAAAGUAUUCAGUGUCCCUCCUCAUACCCUACAUCUUCUGAUGAGGCCAGUGAGACACAAAUGAUGAGGGUGACCAUUUCCCUCAAAGAAGGAGGCCAAGGCAAGUCCAGUGGCCUCACUGAGCUGGAAGACACAGGCAGACACGCGACUGUCCAUGGCAGGGAAAGUUUCGUCCAUGUGCCCCCCUCUGUACUGUCCAGUGCUACCCGGACACUCAGCUCAAGCAUGGAGAAGCAGGCUUCAGGAGAGCUGGAAGGCUCCCUGUCUAAGAAAAAGCAAAGUGUGGUCUGGGGCAAAGAAGGGAGCAGACACAGCAUCCCAGGAGCCACUGCUGCUGCUGCCACCUCUGCUGCAGUCCUUGCCCCUGCUGCCACUGCUCCAGGUGCCAUUCCCAAGACCAGUCCUAGAAAGAAGGCAGCACAGGAGAAGCCUCAGAAGCAAGUCCAUGAGAAGUCCUUAUUAGAUCCCUCAAGAGGACCCCUGGGAAGAACCUUCCCAGCAUGGAGACAGAGACUCAAGUCAGCUCCUGUAGGACCAUCCACCCUCCCCCCAAUCUCUGGGGUUGCCCUGCUAGGGAAGGGCAAUAAAUGCUCACUGCCUUCGGGGCCCAAAGAGUGCAAGCCCUUCUGCACUGGGAAGAAAUCCCUGGCAAAGAAGACAAAGGAAUCCCAGCCAGGAGCCAAAGAUGAUGACUCCACCAGAGAUUCUGGCCUGCAGGCUCAACUUCCAACACACAGGGCAGAGCAACCCUGCAUGUUCAUGCAUCGUGGAGAAAUGAGCAGUGGAGACCUCAACCUUCGAGCACCCCAAGUUCCAGGAAGCUCUCAGGUCUUGAGGCAGAGAAGUGCCCGUCUCAGAGCUCCUGCCUCUGCUGCUGAACAGGAUCCAACUGUGGAUCCUUUACUACCUGUUGGAGAGAGUCAGCCAGAAUCAGUACAAGGCACACCAGGAUGUCCGCAGUGCCUGAUGUUACAGAAGGAAAUAGAGGAACUCAAGGAACAACUAGCCUUCAUGCAGGCCCUCAAUGAAAAGUUCGAGGCUCUUUGAAGGGAGUGUUCUGCUGUGCACAGGAUCUUUGAAGUUGAACCCAGCGCCCCUGCAGAAGAGGCCAGGCUACUACCCGUGGAUCCUGCUCCCUUCCAGUCACUCUGCAGCAGUGGAUCUCAGACUUCCUCCUGCUGCGACCCUUUAAUGCAUGCAGUUCCUCAUGUUGUGGUACCCCAGCUGUACUAAUUAUUUCGUGGCCACUUCAUACCUGUAAAUUGGUUACUGCUAUGAAUUUUAGAUGAAUUUUAAUGUCAGUAUCCCACAAGUUGAGGACCUCUGCUCUCCAGCCAGAGCAGACUUUGUGCCCCCCGCUUUUGUCCCCGCCUAUCCUCGGUGACAGCUGUUGCACAUUAAGUCAUUUUGUCCUAUGUUCUCUUUUGGUGGGGGAUGAGGUACAGCAACAGGGUGGAAACUGUUCCUUCCCACCCCUCUAAGAAUACCAGUCCUCAUUUACACUCCACUCUAUCUCCCCUAAUACAGUUCUCAUGCAUGAGGUUUUCAAAACUGAAAUAAAGAAUUUUGUG